CGGUCAAUAGUAUAAAAGAGAGACAAUUGCGACACGGGAACACAUUUGCACAGUUUGCGAUUUGACGAUGGUUAGACAGUGUAAUUCCAGUUUGAUCGUUCAAAAAUGUGUUCUUCUGAUGACCGUAGUCGUCAUUCACGGAACCGCAGCAGAGAUCUGCGAUAAAAGAAAGUGUCGCGGUCCACUGAGAGUCUACGAGAGCCUCGGUUGUACUCCUGUCUACGCGAAACCCAACGAUUGUUGCGCGGAAUCCUACGAUUGCAGUCACCUGGACAAUUUGCCACGGGAUAAAUGUUACGCUAACGGUCACGAAUACAGCAUUGGGCAGAUGCUGAGGAGCGAGGACUCUAAUCCUUGCGACAUAGGUUGUGUAUGUAAUACGACUCUCGAUGGCCUCGCGGCGUUUGUAUGUAAACCUGUAUAUUGUGAACAUUUACCGGCGGAAGGAAAUUAUUACUUCAGAUACACACAUGAUAGUUGCUGUCGGAAUGCAACACAGAUUUGUCUCAAAGACGGAGAAGAAAGGCCAACGUGUGAAGUGGACGAUAAUACUUAUUACGAUGGAGAUCUCUUUGAAACAAAAUGCAAUCGGGAGCUGCGGUGUAUCUGUAUGCCUGGAUACAUAGGCGAAAAUGUCGAGCCCUUUUGUAGGAAACGUAAUCGCAGAGGUUGCUCCGUUCUAUUCGGAAGUCCUUUCCUAGUUCGCCGGAAGUGCGCACCUAUGUUCAUCCACGGUCAGAAUCCACACAGAGAUUGCAGCAACUUUUUCAGAUGUCCGAGCAGAAAGGAUAUAGUUAUUCGUAACUAUAGCAACAUUGAGUUCGCGAAAGUUGCAAAGGAAGAGGGCAAGGUUUGUCGAUUUGGUAACAUGACAAUGCGCAUAAACGACGAAUUGAGUCGAAGAGCCAUCCAUGAUCGCGAUUGCAUGCAGUGCGUGUGCGAGGUGCCUCCAUUCCUGACGUGUCAACGACUUCGGGACGAAAAACGUUGUCAGAUACAGUACCAAGAUGUAGUGAUCUCGGUAUCGAACCAUAUGAUGUAACGUGCCAUGUAUUGCGACGUAAACAAUUAUCGUCAGUUGUAACAGUGCUACAAAUAAAGCUUUAGCCAUUGA